AAAAAUGUCAAAUUCCACGGAUUUCCACCCCGAUUAUUUCCUCCUGAUGGGAAUUCCUGGCCUGGAGGACUCACAUCUCCUGAUCUCCAUCCCGUUCUCCAUCAUGUACGUUCUGUCACUUCUGGGAAACUCCGCCUUGGUCUUGGUCAUCUCGGCCAAUGAGAGUCUCCACCAGCCCAUGUAUAUCUUCCUCAUGAUGUUGGCAACCAGCGAUGUCCUCUUGAGCUCCACCACCGUACCCAAGACCCUCAGCAUCUUCUGGUUUGCUAAUCAUCAGAUCUCUUUCAUUGGAUGUCUCACCGAAGUCUUCUUCGUCCAUUUCUUUUUUUGUACUGAAUCCGCCAUUUUGCUCUCCAUGGCGUAUGACCGUUACUGCGCCAUCUGUCACCCUUUAACUUACACUACGACUCUCACCAACUCCUUCAUACAGAAGACGGCCAUGGUGGCCCUUUUUCGAAGUAUCUUCGUAAUUACGCCAUUUGCGUUUCUUCUCCACAGAUUACCGUUCCAGCGAAGCAACGUCAUAGGACACACCUACUGUGAGCACAUGUCUGUGGCUAGAUUGGCGACUUCUAACAUAAUGGUGAAUGUGGUGUAUGGACUGGUCAUAGCCGCCUGUUCCACCGGUGUGGACUUGGUCCUUAUUAUAAUUUCCUAUGCUGCUAUUAUCAUGGCGGUUCUGAGACUCCCAUCCUCGGAGGCUCGUCUCAAAGCCUUCAAUACAUGCGUGUGCCACACCUGUGUCAUCGUUCUCUUCUACAUCCCGGCGUUUUUUAGCUUCAUUGCUCACAGAGUCGGCCACAGACACAUCUCUCAACAGUUCCACAUCAUCUUCGCCAACCUCUAUGUCCUGGUCCCACCGAUGAUGAACCCGAUCAUCUAUGGCAUAAAGACCAGAGAGAUUCGCCAGAGGGCCUUAGCCAUGCUUUGUAGAGGGACACCCAAUGUCUUUGGGGGAAAAUGUUUUUAGGCUUUUAUAGGUCACAUGAUUUAUUGUAGGUGUUUUAUUCUGUUGUUGAGAGGCAAGAAACAGACGGGAAA